AUGGCCCCGAGCAGGAAGAUGCUGUAUUUUGUCUUUGUCUUUUUCUUCAUUUUGGCUCAAUGUCCAUCAGGGUCCCGGGCAGGACUCGAGUAUUCCCAGCCAUUCCCUGGAGGUGAGUUUGCUGCUUGUGAGCCAUGCAGGCUGGGGCGGGGCAAGUGCAGGAAGAUGUGCACUGAGGAUGAGAAGGUGGUCGGAAGUUGCAAGCUGAACUUCUUCUGCUGCCGACGGAGGAUCCAGUAAGUCAGACCAGCGCUCACCUGGCCUCUGCGGCAGCCCUGGCUACUCAGAGAAGGUCAAGGAGGUGAUGUGGCUUACCACAGUCAUGCAGUGCGUGAGGGUCAGGGCCCUUCAUAUCCCCCCCCUUGUUUUGUUUCUUCGCUUUUGUUUUAAAUUUAUCUUUGCUGUUGAAAGUCCGCAUUUCCCCCAUUGACCCUCGUCCACCCUGCACCCCAUCCUGCUGCAGGCCUU